AUUGAAACCAACCUUAAACUCCUUUUAUCUCCGCUUUAGAGAUAGCCCCAAUUAUUGUUGACUUAAGCAUCGGAGUGUCUACCCAGAGGACCCACCUCGGGGCUUUGCAGGUCAAUCCAAAGUGCAGAUACGGACUGAAGAAGGACAGCUGGUUUGGUGCAAUUACAUUUGGCGUCGUUUGUGGGAAUCCGAACUGAAAGCUUUCUUGUUGCUCUUUCAUCAUGGUUAACACUCGAUCAGUCAGAGCUGGCAAUUCAUCUCUGCCUCUUGGGCAAGCUCAACUCCCCAGCAACCUUCCACCUCAGCUCCUACCUAUGCUCCCACCUCAGCUUCCACCUAAGGUCCCGACUAUGUUCCCUCCUGUUGAUCAUGCAGAAGGAGGAGAUGAAAACCAACCUCAUACCUCAGCUCACAACUCAACUUUUACCGCCAACCAAGACGUAGUUGCAGCUCAGCUUGCUGCCAUGCAACAGCAGUUUGGUGUUUUUCAGCUACGAGGUGCCCCACCUCCACAACAUGCUGUUGACUCCAUACCUCAUCCUCUAAACACCAACAUCACACUGGAACCUUAUCCCGCUGGCUUCAAAAUUCCUCAGCUCGAGACAUACGAUGGGACAAAAGACCUCGAUGAUCACCUCCAUGCUUUCUAUUCUUGUAUGCAAGCUCAAAAUGCCUCUGAUGCAUUAAUGUGUAAGAUUUUUCCCUCCACUCUUCAUGGCAAUGCUCGAACUUGGUACUGUAGCUUGCCCACAAGAUCUAUUAGCUCCUAUUCAGAAAUGGCAUCUACUUUUGCCACAAAGUUUUCCAACAGAAGGUUGAUUAGGAAAACUACUUCUGAGCUGAUGCGAGUCAAACAGAGGGACGGAGAAUCUCUGAAGAAUUACAUGAGCAGGUUUAAUGAUGCAGUAUUGGAGGUUAGUUCCUUCGACCAGGCUGUGGGAAUUGCAGCUGUGAUCUCAGGACUCAGCCAUGAGAGAUUCAGAGAUAGUUUGAUCAAAAACACUGCCACCACCUUUAGCGAGGUGAAUGAUAGGUCUCUCAAAUUUAUAACUGCUGAAGAAUAUGCCCUGUCGCAGAACCCAACUCCCUUUAAGAACCAAAACUCAGACUGGAAAGAUGAAAAUCUGAGCAGGAAACGGAUAAGGAUAGCACAGAACCGAGGUCCGAUGUCGACCUUCACACCGAGAUUCGAAAGGCCGAACUCUACACCCCCACAACUAUCUGCAGGUAAACCUCCAGUUAAUUGGACUCCUUUUAAUUUGCCGAGAUCACGGUCAUACAACAGAGCAGUGCAACAGCUUAAGAGGCCACAGCCUCAAGGAGUCUGCAAUCCACCAAACAGGCAAGGUGUGGGAUAUCAGCAAGCCCCACCUCCAUUCCCACCACCAGCUAGAAUCAUACACAUGAUUACGGGAGCCUUAGAAGCAGGUGGACUGAGCUCUAAACAGCGAAAGUUGUAUGUUAGAGAGGUAGAAGGAGUUCUUACCCUCCAUGUUGCUUUCGGGAGUGGCCGCACCUAUGUGACUCCUUCAGUCUGGUUCCUAGUAGUCGAGAUGGUGUCCUCUUUCAACGUUGUUAUUGGCCGACCCACGUUGACUGAAAUUCGAGCUGUGGUUUUCCAAUCUCACCUCUGCAUGAAAUUCCCAACUUGUAUGGGAAUAGCAACACUGCGAGGCAACCAGGAGACACCCGAGGCUAAUCCCCAACGGAUUCCUGAUAAUCAACAAGUCAUGGGUAUUGAAAUAGUAGAUAACCGACCGGAAGAUGAAACUAGAGCUGCUCCAGUCGAAGAUGUCGAAGAAGUGCUCAUUGAUGAUAAAGAUCUGAGCCGAAAGACGCAAAUUGGAACUAGAUUCAACCCAGAAGAAAGAGAUAAGCUAAUAGCUUUCCUCCGAGCUAACAAUGAUGUCUUCAUGUGGACUUCAGCAGACAUGCUAGGAAUUCCAAAUUCAGCUAUAAAAGAAGAGGUAGAGAAACUUCUACAAGCUGGUUUCGUCAGAAAAGUUGAUUAUUGCAAAUGGGUGGCUAACCCAAUCCUAGUGAAAAAGGCAAACGGUAAAUGGCGAAUGUGCAUCGAUUACACAAAUCUUAACAAAGCCUGCCCCAAGGAUUGCUAUCCGAUGCCGAGCAUUGACAAAUUGAUUGAAGCAGCUUCAGGCAAUGAUAGAUUAAGUCUCUUGGAUUCAUAUUCUGGGUAUCACCAAGUGCCGAUGGCCCCAGAAGACGAAGAGAAAACCUCGUUCUAUGCUGGCGAUGAAAUUUAUUGCUAUGUCAUGAUGCUGUUUGGCUUAAAGAAUGCAGGUGCUACUUAUCAUAAAAUGGUGACCAUCAUCUUUCGAGCUCAAAUCGGCAGAAAUCUGGAAGUUUAUGUCAAUGACAUUGUGGUAAAGAGCCUGAAAGUAGAAGACCACCUAGCUGAUCUCGACGAAACUUUCAACAAACUCAAAAAGAACAAAAUGCGGUUAAACCCAGCCAAAUGCAUCUUCGGCGUGAAAUCUGGAAAGUUUCUAGGUUUCAUGGUGUCCCGAAGAGGGAUUGAGGUCAAUCCAAAGAAGAUCAGAGCAAUUGCCGAGAUGGAACUGCCAAAAUCAGUGAAAGAUAUACAGAGAUUGACAGGAAGGGUGGCAGCUCUUCAUCAGUUCAUAUCGAAGUCAGCAGAUAAGUGCCUGCCAUUUUUUAAGAUUAUGAGGUCAACCGCCCAGAAGGAUGAAUCAGGAAAACAAAAGAAAUUUGAAUGGAACCAAGAAUGCCAAACCGCAUUCGACGAGCUGAAGUCUUAUCUUAGCUCACCACCUCUACUGACUAAGGCUGUAGAUGGAAAGAUUCUCUAUUUGUAUUUGGAAAUUUCAGAUGAAGCCAUUAGUUCGAUUCUGAUGAGAGAAGAAGCCAAGCAGCAGAAACCAAUCUAUUAUAUCAGCAGUGUACUGCACGGACUAGAGCUGAGGUAUCCUAUAGCUGAGAAAGCAGCUUUAGUAGUCGUCACUUCGGCUUGGAAGUUAAGGCCAUAUUUCCAAUCACACCCAAUCAUUGUCCUUACAGACCAACCUCUUCGACAUAUUCUACGAAAGCUAGAGUGCUCUGGGAGACUAAUUAAGUGGGCAGUAGAACUAGGGGAGUUCGAAAUAACAUUUCAGCAGAGAUCUAUAAUCCGAGCUCAAGCACUGGCAGAUUUUAUUGUAGAGUGCACUUCAGGUCAUUCAACCCUUAAUCCAGAACCUAACAAUUGGACCUUAUAUGUUGAUGGGGCAUCUAGUAGCAAGGGUUCAAGAGUGAGUGCUCUCUUGAUUGGCCCAGAUGGAUACCGAAGUGAACAUGCCCUGAAAUUUAACUUCGAUGCAACAAACAACAUGGCUGAGUAUGAAGCUCUGCUGCUUGGUCUACAGCUAGCAUUGGAGUUGAAAAUCAGCACGAUCCAAGUAUACAGUGACUCCCAGCUGAUGGUGAACCAAAUCAACUCAAUUUGCGAAGUCAUUGAUCCUGUGAUGGCAGAUUCACUCUCUAAAUUUGCCUCUGAUAGCUCUUUAAGUUCUAGAUCAAUUUUUGUGGAGGUCUUAGAUGAACCAAGCUUCAUGAAGCCACGGAUGAUGGAGAUCAGCAUAGACCCUGACACGUCGAGUUGGACUGACUCAAUUAUCUCCUUUUUACGAGAUGGGAUAGUACCUGAGGACAGGCAGGAGGCAAUGAAGUUGAGGAAGAAAGCAUUUUGGUAUACACUCAUUGAUGGAGUCCUCUAUAAGAGAUCAUUCUCACUCCCUCUUCUACGGUGCUUACAUCCCUAUGAAGCUAAGUAUGCACUUCGGGAGGUACAUGAAGGUGUCUGCGAAAGUCACGUUGGUGCUAGAACUCUAGCCCACAAAGUCUUAAGACAGGGAUACUAUUGGCCAAACAUGUAUAAAGAUGCCACUCACUUUGUUCAGAGAUGUCUGAAGUGCCAAUUCUUUGCACACUUGACUCACCAACCAGCAGAAGAGCUCACGAACUUGGGAGCACCAUGGCCAUUUGCUCAGUGGGGACUGGAUCUUUUGGGCCCAUUUGUGAAAGGGGUUGGUGGUGUAACCCAUCUGAUUGUUGGUGUAGAUUAUUUCACAAAAUGGGUUAAAGCUCGGCCAUUAUCUAGUCUUACCUCCAAGAAGGUUGAAGACUUUGUUUUCAGCUCGAUCAUCUGCAAAUAUGGGAUCCCGAAUCAGAUUGUGGCUGAUAAUGGAACUCAACUCAAUUGCACCUCUUUUUGAGAUUUUUGUUCCAACUACGGGAUCAAAUUAUAGUUCACUUUGGUUUAUCAUUCGGAGUCCAACGAUAUGGUAGAAUCUGUUAAUAAAUGCAUUUUAAAAGG